GCCCAUUCCCUCCUCCAAAGCUCAUCUCUAUCGCUAGCGUUGCUCGCUGCUUGUCUCUUUGCGCAUCUCCUCGUCCCCCCCAUCGCAGCACCAUGAAGGCGUUACUGCUCGCCGUGUUGGCUGCGGUGCUGUGCGUGGAGAGAGCCCACACGCUCAUUUGCUUUUCGUGCUCGGAUGCAUCCUCCAACUGGGCCUGCCUGACACCUGUCAAGUGUGCAGAGAAUGAAAAUCACUGUGUGACAACGUACGUCGGAGUGGGAAUCGGUGGCAAGUCUGGCCAGUCCAUCUCCAAAGGCUGCUCUCCUAUUUGCCCCAGUGCCGGGAUUAACGUCGGCAUUGCGGCUGCCUCCGUCUACUGCUGCGACUCCUUCCUCUGCAACAUCAGUGGUUCCAGCAGUGUUAAAGCCAGCUAUGCUGUUCUGGCCUUGGGGAUCCUGGUUAGCUUUGUCUACGUCCUCAGGGCUCGUGAGUGAUGGGGAAAGCCAAGGAAGACCCUGCGCCCGGGGACCUCUGCACCUCUGCAACAUGGCGCCUUGUCUUCCAUUGGCCAUCACAGGUCUCGUUAGCUGAUGUCUUCUCUAUUGCUGCCUACAAGGAGAUCUUCUACUUCUCAACAGGCUUCCAACAGUGAUUGUUUCCCAGACUUUACGCUCUUCCAGUAUCAAGAGACCUGAGUGGCUGGGCCUAACCCUUCUCCUCCUCCUUCGGACAUACCCCACUGCACUCUAUCACUUCCCAGUGGAUUGUUUUGGAAGGGUUUCUGCUUUUUUUAACCUGUGCCCCCACUUUCUAAUUUUGCUUAAAACAAGGUUGGGACUCACUGAGAAGCGAUUGUCCCCAGACACUGCUCACUUCAGUGUUCAGAUGGUCCUGGAGGUCCCUGUGGCACCAUUGUGCCCCAACAUGCCCCCCCCCAGGCAUGGGGAACGCAUGACCCCAGUGGAGACAAAUUCCCAACCAAUGCAGCUGGAAUCUCUUUUUAUAAAUCACUUCCAAUCUCGGGCUGACUUUUUCUGGAAAACAAAUGACAUGUACCUUGUCCCUCUGAGCUCUGUAAGUGCCAGACCUGAAUAAACAUGCUCCUGUUGUUACCUGA